AUGGUCCCUGUACAGUCUUUCACAGGUGGGCUGCUGGGCACAGGUGGGGCUGCUGGUCACAGGUGGGGCUGCUGGUCACAGGUGGGGCUGCUGGUCACAGGUGGGGCUGCUGGUCACAGGUGGGGCUGCUGGUCACAGGUGGGGCUGCUGGUCACAGGUGGGGCUGCUGGUCACAGGUGGGGCUGCUGGUCACAGGUGGGGUUGCUGGUGCUGGUGCUGGCGGCUGGCGCUGGUGCUGGUUCCUGGUGCUGGCAGCUGGCACUGGGGCUGGUUCCUGAUGCUGGCGGCUGGCGCUGGGGCUGGUUCCUGGUGCUGGCGGCUGGCGCUGGUGCUGGUUCCUGGUGCUGGCGGCUGGCACUGGGGCUGGUUCCUGGUGCUGGCGGCCGGCGCUGGGGCUGGUUCCUGGUGCUGGCGACUGGCGCUGGGGCUGGUUCCUGGUGCUGGCGGCUGGCGCUGGGGCUGGUUCCUGGUGCUGGCGGCUGGCGCUGGGGCUGGUUCCUGGUGCUGGCGGCUGGCGCUGGGGCUGGUUCCUGGUGCUGGCGGCUGGCGCUGGGGCUGGUUCCUGGUGCUGGCGGCUGGCGCUGGUGCUGGUUCCUGGUGCUGGCGGCUGGCGCUGCGACCGCCGGUGCGACGGGCGAGGUGCAAGGUGGCGCUGGCUGCAGUCGAUGGCGCAAACGCGAUCGCGGGCCGCUGGCGACUUCGCUGGCGACUUCGCUGGCGGGUCGCUGGCGGCGGGUCCGCUGGCGUUCGCCAUAG